AGUCUGUGCUGGGGGCAACUGCACCAGAGGGGGACCUUUGUGGCUUCCCCAAUUCACGGCUCGUGAGGGAGUGGGGAAGCUUUCCGCAGGGAGAAGAGGGAUUUCUCUCCGUCCCGGUAUUUGCAAAGCAGGUUGCGUUACAGACUGCAAUGCCGGCAUCCCAGCCGCGGUCCAGGGCAAGAGACAGGAACAAUGUCCUCAACAGGGCUGAGUUCCUCUCCCUGAAUCAGCCCUUGAAGGGGAACCAGGAGAGCAGGAGCUCCGGCAGAAAGCAGAGCAGCCAGGCCGGGGCAGCCGGUGCCCAGAACAGCAGCCCCAAGGAGCGGAGGCAGUCGCAGCAGCUGCCCGAAGAGGACUGCAUGCAGCUCAACCCUUCCUUCAAAGGCAUCGCCUUCAACUCCCUGCUGGCCAUCGACAUCUGCAUGUCCAAGAGGCUGGGGGUCUGUGCCAACAGGGCCUCCUCCUGGGGGGGUGCCCGCUCCAUGAUUAACCUCCUGGGGAUAACGGGGCACGGGAUCCCCUGGAUCGCGGGCACCCUCAUCUGCCUGGUGAAGAGCAGCACGCUGGCAGGCCAAGAGGUCCUCAUGAACCUGCUGCUAG